CGGAGCCUCGUGCUGGUUUGGUUGAUUUCUAGCUCGCGCUCUCGUUCUGUAACAGAAGCCCCCCCUCCAACACACGCACACACUCACUAGUGUCGGUGAAAUUCAUUUCCCUGGCUCUGUAUUUAUAUAUUUCUGCUUUUACAAACUUUCCUCUCCUUGUUUUAACUUUAAACCGAGUCGCGGUGGAUUACCGGAUACCGGUCCGGGCGGAGGGCAGCGGGGGGAAUGAACCGGGACGUCGGGUACGUUGUUCUAAAUUUAAUUGUAUUUAUAUUCAAUGGUUUUUAGUUUGACUGUGAGUGAGUCUCCGUGCUGAGAGAGCGAGGCAGAGAAAGAGUGGAGGAGAGAGAGAGAGAGGGAUAUCAUGGCCGCUCAGGUUGCCAGCGUCGCCUCUCUCAACACCAGCCCGCCAUCCGAACUCAAAAAGCCGGAUCGGGACCCCCAGGAGGAGUCGGUACCGGGAGAGAAACAGCAUGAAAAUAAGGAAGCGGGAGCUGACGGCGGAUCUCCUGGACAGAAGGAGCUGCAGGACGGGACCGAUGCUGGAAAUGCUGGGGGAGGAGGGGAUCCUGAUAUGAAGAACGGCAACGGGAAUUUGCCCAGGGUAAAUAAUAAUAACCAGAAUGAUACAGGCGGGCCCGAGGGGAAUAACCAUCCCGGGAUGGGACACCACCACCAGGGUCCCUUUCCUCCUCCUCCUUACGGUUACAACCAGCACUACAGCCGGGCCCCUUUUCAUCAACAUGGCGGACAACAAAGCCCUGGCAUGGCAGCUGCAUCGGGGCCGGGCAUGAUGGACCCUUACCCCCCUAAUUCACACGAACACGGCUACCCAAACCAUUAUAACAACUACUUUCAGAACAGGACUCCUUAUCAGGGCCAAGGAUAUGGGGCCAUGAAUUCCCCUCGUAACAACAGCCAGCCUCCAACACAGCCAGGCAAGCAACAGCCAGCAGGAGGAACCACAGCUAUGGCUGCUUCUUACAAUAAUCAGAGGUAUAACAUGGGAAACCAACAACCUACACCUACGCCUACUUUAAAUCAGCUUUUGACAUCCCCAAGCUCUGCCAGGAGCUACCCGAAUUACCCCCAAGGAGACUAUAACAAUCAGGAAGGGGCCAAUAAGGGACCAGGAGAUAUGGGUAGCAGUCAGUAUGGUGGGGUCCAUCCGGGUUGGCAACAAAGGAUCCACCAUCCGCCUCCCAUGAGCCCGGGAAACACUGGACAAGCUCCAAACAGAAACCAGCCUCCAAGCCCCAUGGACCAGGUAGGGAAGAUGCGAGGCCAGCCAUACGGAGCACCCAACCCGUACUCCCAGCAGCAGCAGCAAGGGCCUCCCACAGGGCCUGGACCCCAACAAGGAGGCUCUUACCCAGGACAGGGCUAUGGACCUCCAGCCCCUCAGAGGUAUCCCAUGGCGAUGCAGGGCCGAACACCUGGAAGCAUGGGCAGCAUGCAGUACGGGCAGCAGAUGUCAACGUAUGGACAACAGGGGCCAGGCAGCUACGGCCAGCAGAGUCAGGGCUACUACGGUCAGCACGGCCCUCCCCCUCACACUGGCCAACAGCAGCCUCCAUACCAAGGCCAACCCCAGGGUAGCUCUGGGACUCCUUACCCCCAGCAGGGCCACCCCACACAACCUCCAGGCCAACAUGGGCAGUCAGGACCCCCCUACCAACAAUCCCAAGGCCCCCACGGUACCACUCCAGGUCAGCCUCCAUACAGCCAGCCCUCACAGUCUCAGCCAGGACAGCCGUACGGCCCUCCCCAGCAGCAGCAACCUCAACAGCAGCAGGGACCAGGUCCUCAGAGUCAGCAAGGUCCACAGGGCCAGCCUGGCUACCCACAACCCCCAGGACCAGGGCAGCAGCCGCCACCGCAACAGCAGCCGCAGCAGCAGCAGCAGCAGCAACAAACACCACAGCAGCAGCAGCAACAAGGGCCCCCACAGCAACAACAACAACAACAACAACAGCAACCAGGGGGGCCACCUCCUCAGGCCCAGCAACCUCCAGGUCAUGGGCAGCAGGGUCAGCCAUCACCCUAUUCCCAGACACCUCCGCUGCAACAACAACAACAACAACAACAACAGCAGCAGCAGCAACAACAACAACAACAGCAACAACAACAACAACAGUCACCAUAUCAGAGGUUCCCACCUCCUCCACAGGAACUCUCCCAGGAUUCAUUUAGCUCCCAGUCCAGCGCUCCUCCUUCCAACCAGCCCAUGGCCUCCAACAAGAGCAGUCAGGAAGACAGCAUGCAGGGCCGGCCCUCAAGUCUGCCGGAUCUUUCGGGCUCCAUUGAUGACCUACCCACUGGUACAGAGGGCGCUCUGAGCCCCGGCGUCAGCACCUCAGGGGUGUCCAGCAGUCAGGGAGAGCAGAGCAAUCCUGCCCAGUCACCCUUCUCUCCGCACACGUCGCCCCACCUCCCGGGCAUACGUGGACCCUCUCCAUCACCUGUGGGUUCCCCUGCCAGCGUCACCCCAUCACGUACCGGCCCCUUAUCCCCUGCUGCUGUGCCAGGUAAUCAAAUGCCUCCCCGGCCGCCCAGCGUCCAGUCGGACAGCAUGAUGCACUCUUCUAUGAACCAGUCAGCGAUGGGCCAGGACAGGGUGUACAUGCGUAACCCUCAGAUGCCUCCUUAUGGGUCCCCUGGACAACCUGGCUCCGCCUUAUCUCCACGCCAGUCUUCAGGAGGUCAGAUACACAGUGGGAUGGGCCCGUAUCCCCAGAACAACUCCAUGGGAAACUACGGGCCUCAGGGCGGCCAGUACGCUCCACAAGGUUACCCCCGGCAGCCAGGCUACACAGGGAUGCCCAAUGCCAACUACCCCAGCGGUCCUGGAAUGGGUGGCUCCAUGAACCCCAUGCCCGGUCAGGGCAGUGGGGCGCCGUACGGAAGUAUCCCACCAGGCAGGAUAGGCCCAGGUCAGAUGGGUGCUCGGCCCUAUGGUCCUGGGAUGGGCUCAAACAUGGGUGGAAUGCCCCCUCAGGUUGGGUCUGGGAUGUGCCCUCCUCCUGGCAUGAACAGGAAGGACGGUGGCCCCUCCAUGCACCAUGGACCGACAAACUCAAUACACAACAGGCCACCUGGCUACCCUAACAUGUCGCAGGGCAUGAUGGGAGCAGGCUCUCCAUACGGCCCUGGCAUGAACAGCAUGCACAGUAUGAUGAACCAGGGAGGGCCGGGACCGUACCCAAUGGGAGCAAAUAUGGCUAACAACACACCUGGUAUGGCUCCCAGUUCAGAUUUUGGCAUGGACAAAAUGACCCCUGCCCAGAAGAUGAACAACAAAGUGGACGGGACUCCCAAGCCAGAAUCCAAAAAGAAGUCAAGUUCUUCCACCAUCACCAACGAGAAGAUCACUCGUCUGUACGAGCUCGGCCCAGAGCCAGAGAGGAAGAUGUGGGUGGAUCGAUUCCUGGCCUUCGCUGAGGAAAAGGCCAUGGGCAUGAACAACCUGCCCGCGGUGGGUCGCAAACCUCUCGAUCUCUUCAGGCUCUACGUGUCUGUCAAAGAGAUCGGUGGCCUCACACAGGUGAACAAGAACAAGAAGUGGAGGGAGCUGGCCACUAACCUGAACGUGGGCACGUCGAGCAGUGCGGCCAGUUCGCUCAAGAAGCAGUACAUCCAGUGUUUGUACGCCUUCGAGUGCAAGAUCGAGCGUGGCGAGGACCCACCCCCAGACUUCUUCAAUACAGACACCAAAAAGACCCAGCCCAAGAUCCAGCCUCCCAGCCCAGCUGGUUCUGGAUCCCUGCAAGGACCCCAGACUCCUCAGUCUACCAGUAGUUCCAUGGCAGAGGGGGGAGACCUGAAGCCCCCUACCCCAGCCUCCACCCCGCACACGCAAAUGCCUCCAAUGCCCGGUGUCAGGAGUAGCGUUAACCUGCAGGACCCCUUUGCUGAUGGCGGUGACCCUGCAUUUUCUAGAAGGAACGCCAUGACUCCCAACUCACAAGGCUACCAGCCUGGGAUGGGCGGCCCAGAGAUGAUGGGUCGAAUGGGUCCCUAUGAGUCCAAUAAGGACCCUUUCGGUGGUAUGAGGAAAGCUGGAGAGCAGUUCAUGCAGCCGGGCCCCAACAGUGGGAUGGGAGAGCAGUAUAACAGGGGCCCACCGGGGCCAAUGGGCAACAUGCAGAUGGGCCAGAGGCAACAGUACCCUUACGGAUAUGAACGAAGACAGGAGCCUGGCAUGGGUCCUGACGGCAGUAUGGGCCCAGGAGCCCCUCAGCCCAACAUGAUGCCUUCUGGAGCCGACACAGGGAUGUACUCACCCAGCCGCCCUCCUCCACAGCAACGGCAUGACUCCUAUACCAAUCAGUUCCCUGGCCAAGGAGCUCCCCCUGGUGGCCCGUACCCAAAUCAACAGCCAGGAAUGUAUCCACAGCAGCAGCCGAACUACAAGCGUCCUGUCGAUGGAGGGUACGGUCCUCCAGCCAAGCGCCAUGAGGGAGAAAUGUACAACGUCCCCUACAGUGGUCAACAGCAGCCAGGACCCCAGGCAUCUGGGCCUCAGGGUCAACAGGACAUGUAUAAUCAGUAUAACACGUAUCCUGGAGGGGACCGUAGACCACCCGGCCCUCAGAACCAGUUCCCCUUCCCCUUCAGCCGGGAACGAGGACCAACAUCUGCAGGCCCCAACUCACAGUCCCCAAUGCCUCCUCAAAUGAUGGCCAGCUCCCUGCCUUCAGGUCCUGAUGGCCCCCAGGGCCCGAUGUGGCAGGGCCGCAACGAGAUGGGCUACCCAAACUACCCCAACCGACAGGGACCUCCUGUACCAGGCCAGGGCCCGGGGUAUCACGGCAUGAACCGUUCUGAAGACAUGAUGUCAUCAGACCAGCGGAUGAACCAUGAGGGGCAGUGGCCCGGCCACGUCAACCAGCGACAGCCGCCGUUUGGACCGGGAGGUUCAGGACCCCCCAUGACCAGACCCCUGCCAUCCACCUACCAGACUUCCCAGAACCACAUUCCUCAGGUGUCGAGCCCAGCACCCAUGCCCCGGCCCAUGGAGAGCAGGACAUCACCCAGCAAGUCCCCUUACAUGCACCCAGGCAUUAAAGUGCAGAAAGCCGGGCCCCCAGUACCCGCAUCUCACAUCGGCCAGGCCCCCGUGCAGCAACCCAUGAUCAGGCGAGAUGUGGCCUUCCCUCCUGGCUCUGUAGAAGCCAGCCAACCCCACCUGAAGCCCCGCAGACGGCUCACCAUGAAAGACAUCGGUACUCCUGAGGCUUGGAGAGUCAUGAUGUCACUAAAGUCGGGUUUACUAGCUGAAAGCACCUGGGCCUUGGACACUGUUAACAUUUUACUGUAUGAUGAUAACAGCAUCUCUACUUUUAACCUGUGCCAGCUGCCUGGAUUCCUGGAGUUGGUGGUGGAGUACUUCAGACGCUGCCUCAUUGAGAUCUUUGGCAUCUUGAAGGAGUACGAAGUAGGAGACCAUGGCCAACGUACCCUCAUAGAUCCCAACGCCGCUGAGGACUCUGAUGAUGACAUGCCUCUGCCUGAGGGCAUGGACAUGGAUCUGGACGAAGACGAUGAGGAAGAUGAGGAGGUAGAGGAAUCGAAGUCUAAUCCUGACAGCCUGUCACUGGUCCAGGUCAAGGAGGAGGAUGAGAGCUCACAGAAACACAAGACCGCAGAGGAUGAGGAAGAGGAGAAGGACAGGGAGUCUUCUAUCAAGGAACCCAAUACCUCUACCUCAGGGGCCACCCAGGACCUCCACUCUGAAAAGCCCAAACAGGCAAGCAAGUUUGAUAAACUCCCCAUUAAGGUUGUGAGGAAGAAGAAUCCUUUCCUGGCAAACCACUCGUCCAAGCUUGGGCAGCGGCAGAGCUUCGACAGCGGCCUGAUACACUGGAGCAUUGGUGGUGGUGACACUACUGAACACAUCCAGACCCACUUUGAGAGCCGGAUGGAGGUUCUGAAGCAGCGGAAACACACGCUGACGCCACCUGAGAGCCGCAAGAAGGUGCAGGUGACUGAGACUGUCACAGAGAACUCUGAGAAAUCCAUUAAUGGGGAGGAGAAACCUCAGCAGCAGCCAGCGCAGUCCUCUGAACCUCCAGCAGAGAAGACCCCACCUCCCCUUCCCAUCGGUGCUCCGGUCACUGCCACCAUCGACGAUGUGCUAUCUGCUCGGCCAGGGUCGGUAACAGAGGAGGUCGUCCGUGGAGGCGCUGAAGAGCAGAAGGAGAAUGGCAAGUACUUAUUCAGCAUCAACCCUGACCUCCAGAGCCGACGCAACAUCAAAAUUCUGGAGGAUGAGCCUCACAGCAAAGACGAAACGCCACUCAGCACUCUGUCGGACUGGCAGGACUCGCUUGCCCGGCGCUGCAUCUGUGUUUCCAACAUCGUUCGCAGCCUCUCCUUCGUUCCUGGGAAUGACUUGGAGAUGUCGAAACACCCAGGUCUUCUGCUGCUCCUGGGCCGCCUGGUACUGCUCCACCACAGGCAUCCUGAACGCAAGCAGGCGCCCGUCACCUACGAGAAGGAGGAGGAGGAGGAUGAAGGCGUAAGCUGUGAGAGAGACGAGUGGUGGUGGGACUGCCUGGAGGUCCUACGGGAGAACUGCCUGGUGACUCUGGCCAACAUCUCCGGCCAGCUGGACCUUUCCAUCUACUCGGAGAGUAUAUGCCUGCCGCUGCUUGACGGCCUGCUCCACUGGGCAGUCUGCCCCUCAGCGGAGGCCCUGGACCCCUUCCCUACACUGGGGCCCCACGGCUCACUGUCCCCUCAGAGACUGGUCCUUGAGACCCUCAGCAAGCUCAGCAUCCAGGACAACAACGUCGACCUCAUUCUGGCAACGCCGCCGUUCAGCCGCUUGGAGAAGCUUUACGGCUCAUUAGUGCGUCUGGUUGGUGAACGAAAGGUGGCCGUUUGCCGGGAAAUGGCUGUUGUCCUGUUGGCUAACUUGGCGCAGGGUGAUAGCUUAGCAGCGCGGGCUAUUGCUGUGCAGAAAGGCAGCGUGGGUAACCUAUUAGGCUUCCUGGAGGACAGCCUAGCUGCCACUCAGUACCAGCAGAGCCAGAGCUCCUUGCUACAGAUGCAGGGCGGGCCUCAGUUUGAGCCCACAAGUGUGGACAUGAUGCGGCGAGCAGCCCGUGCGCUGCACGCCCUGGCUAAGGUGGAGGAAAACCACUCAGAGUUCACUUUGUACGAGUCGAGGCUACUGGACAUCUCAGUGUCCCCACUUAUGAACUCAAUGGUGUCCCAAGUGAUCUGUGACGUACUGUUUCUGAUUGGCCAGUCAUGACAGCCGUGGGGAGGUUUCAGCCCCGCCUCUUCCUGUUCCCAGUCACAGCCCCGCCCUCCUUUUUUUGUAUGUGUGUGAGUCUGUUGCGUGUGAGUGAAAAGAGCAAAACUGACUGUCCUUUCUUUCUUUAUUUAAUUUUUUUUUUUUUUUUUUUUUUUUUUUUUUAAUUUAUGCAAAAUCACCUCGGAUUCCACUGUCUUUCUACCCCUGCUUCUCACUAAAGGAAGGAAUACCAUGAAGUAGCUGUGGAUUUAAAGCAUCUGACAGAGAGAUACUGACAAAGAAGAGCAGAUUGGGACCCAGGCAUAGGACAGAGUGCGCUGCCCUGCAGAAAUGACUUGUUUUUUAAUGAAAAGGAAAAAAAAUCUCCAGAAAAAAAGAAGAAACUGUAACCAAAGUUGCUGUCUCGUUUACAGUGAGUUUGGGGGAUACAUGUGCUCGCUUUCUCCCUCGGGGGUUUGACGGGGGAAGAGGGCACGGACUAAACAAUAUUAUGGUUCAUGUUUGGAGGCUACAUAGACUCACAGACUGUGGUGUGGUAUAAUUGCUGUAACUUUGGAUGCUAUAUACUCAGCCCCACAGGAACCACAUUAUUGGCUGUGAACAGACAUCUGUCAUGGGAGGCCUGUGCAGUAGAUUGUAGGACUUUUUUCUGUACUGUACACCUUAAAAACUGUAAACAUACUGUAAUAAUACUGUUUCACACUGAGAUACGCUGGCUUGGCAGCAAACUGUAGUUUUUAAAGACAGUUUUAGUUAAUGUCAAGAGAGAAAAAGGCUUUCCCCCCAAAGUAUGGUGAACCUACAACACCCCGACCUCUUCUCUUUGUCCCUUGAUUGUAUGACUUGACCCUUAUAUUAAAAAGUCACCUCUUUAGGACUGGUCCUCAACUCUAGAUGCAGUCCAAGCUGCAGUGUAUAUAUAAUGUUGUACAUUACACUUCUCUCUUUCUCUCAACUUCUGUUGCUCUUCACCGUUUUUAAUCUUUGACAAUUACAAGUUUCCCCGCAUCGAGUACGCCACCCUCUCCGUUACUUAGGCGCCUCACCGGGGGGCGUUUAGCUGCUGUCCAACGCCACCCCCCUCCCAACAAACACAACUUCAAGUUUCAGUUUGUCUCCGGUCUGGGUGUAGACAGUAUAACAAGAAUCAUGUCUGCGGUUCCAUCUGAGCUUCUUCAUAAAUGACAAACUAGAUCUUGAUGAAGAAACCGUUUUAAUUUUGUUUAUUUUGUUUAUUUUUUCCAGUGAUGCGGAUUCUGCAUAUUUGUAUUUCAGAUGAUGUAGCUAAAACUUGAUGUAAAUUCCUCUUUUUUCCUUUUUUGGCUUAAUGAAUAUCAUUUAUUCAGUAUGAAAUCUUUAUACUAUAUGUUCCACGUGUUAAGAAUAAAUGUACAUUAAAUCUUCGUAAGACGUUU